AUGCGCACAACACACUCCCGCUAACUAAAGGUGUGGCUAAUUUUGGAAAUGCCUACAGUGGACAAAUCGAGAGGGGUAGAGAAAAGGAGCUCCCUACAUAAGGUCACCCCAAAUGUUGUAUCAAGAAAUGAUUUGCUAUGCUCAGUACAGUUCAAGAACGUCCUACCUGAUGUACCUUUUGAGCCAAAAUUCAUAACGUACCCUUUUGAUUCAUUAAGGUUCAUUCAGUAUAAUCCAACGAGUCUUGAGAGGAAUCACAGACACGAAACAUUAACUGAGGUUGAUCUUGGUGUCAGUGUUGAUCUGAUACUACAUGAAACACACACAUCAUUAGAACCAGCUGAUUCUGAACUACAUCCAGAUGAUAAGAUACUACUUGAAGAGGAGGUGACGGCUCAACCUGAAUCAAAAAGAGCAAGACAACAUGCAAGGAAUGUCUCUUGGCUUAGGAGAACUGAGUACAUUUCAUCCGAGUUAACCAGGUCACACACUGUUGGAGAAACUGCCGAAACAAAGGUUGGCUACAAUGUGAAGAAGAAGCUUCAAGGUCUUAAUCUCUACAAGGAUAGGGACAGUCAAAUAUCUGCUAUAGAGUCAACUUUCACUGCAGCACAAAAGCCAAUUCUCAAGCAUUACAGCAAACCUGGAGUUGAGGCCAGAGAAGUCCUUCCUCUCUUUCCAGACUUCAAACUUUGGCAUUUACCAUUCGCUCAAGUCAUUUUUGACACAGAUCCAGCUGUUUAUGGAAAGAAAGAAGACAGGCAAAUGCAGGAGAUGUCACAGGCUAUGAUAAGGGGUAUGAUGGAUGAGAAUAACGAGCAGUUUGUUGCUUAUUUCUUGCCGUCUCCUGACACAAUCACCAAAAGGGAGGAAGAUGAUAGAGACGGGAUUUCGUUCCGACCGGAUGAAGAAUAUGAGUACAGUCUCUCUAGGGAUUAUAAUUGGAAUGUUAAGAAUAAAGCUAGUAAAGGAUAUGAGGAGAGCUAUUUCUUUGUCGUUAGGCCAGGAGAAGGAGUCUAUUACAAUGAAAUAGAAACCCGGGUAAGACUCAACAAACGAAGAAUGAAAACAAAAUCUGCCAUGAACUCAAAGCUACUGGUGAGACACAGAGAAAUGACACAAGAGGAGAAAUAUGCCCAGACUGUGCGACUCACACAGUUAGAGCCAGCUGUAGCCUUGGAGGAGGAGGAAGAGGAGGAGGAGGAGGGGGAAGGAGAGGAAACUCGUACGAGUGAAGAGGAGGAGGAGGCAGAGGAAGAAGGAGAAGAAGGAGGAAGCGACAAAGACGAUGAGUUUGAGAAAGCUUUCAGCAGUGGAGAGGAUGACUAGAUUGCUAAUAAAAUAUUUUUUUAAUAAUAAAGCAGCAGAAAAUAAUUAGUUGUAGUGUGUA